AUGUCGUGGGAGGGCUUCAAGAAGGCCAUCAAUCGGGCCGGCAAUAGUGUGAUCAUCAAGAACGUGGACAAGACCGUGGACAAGGACUAUGACCUGGAGGAGCGGCGGUACCGGGUGCUGGAGCGCGCGGGCCGCGAGCUGCAGAAGGAGGCCAAGGGCUACCUGGACUCGCUGCGGGCGGUGACGGCGUCGCAGGUGACGAUCGCGGAGGUGAUCUCGAGUCUGUACGACGACUCGAAGGCGGCGGGUGGGGGCGGGUACAACGUGGGCAACUACUACCUGCAGUGCGUGCGGGACUUCGACACGGAGACGGUGAAGCAGCUGGACGGGCCGUUCCGCGAGACGGUGCUGGACCCGAUCUCGAAGUUCGCACUGUACUUCGAGGAGAUCGAGGGCGCGAUCAAGAAGCGCGACCACAAGAAGCAGGACUACGACGCGGCCAAGGCGCGGGUGCGGCGGCUGGUGGACAAGCCGGCGAAGGACGCGACGAAGCUGCCGCGUGCGGAGAAGGAGCUGGCGCUGGCGAAGGACGUGUUCGAGAGCCUGAACGAGCAGCUGAAGACGGAGCUGCCACAGCUGGUCGCGCUGCGCGUGCCGUACUACGACCCGAGCUUCGAGGCGCUGGUCAAGAUCCAGCUGCGCUUCUGUACGGAGGGCUACACGCGGCUGGCGCAGAUCCAGCAGUACCUGGACCAGCAGUCACGUGACGACUACGCGAACGGCCUGCUGGACGAGCGCAUCGAGCAGCUGCUGCAGCAGAUGACGAACCUGAACAUCUGCGCGCUGGGCCACAAGUAG